AUGUCUGUGGCCUUGAAAUCAUCAUUCCAGCAUUCUUCACAUAUUCUUAAUGCGACAAAAUUACCCUCCCUCGUAAUUAAAUUCCCCCAAUUAAAUCCAUUCUUUCAAAAGUUUUCAGCAGUUAUCGAACAAUCGUUGCAAGAUAUAGGAAUAUUAUGGGCAGCACCUAAAAAGAGACCUUCCAAGUCUAGAACAAGAAUCAAUUUUCUUUCCGCUGGAUCUAAACAAAUUAAGCAUAUGACAAAUUUGGUACGUUGUCCAGCAUGUGGUCACUUCAAAAGAUCCCAUUUCAUGUGUAUGAACUGCUUUGCAGAGAUCCGUGAUUUCUUAAAGAGAUUGAAAAGAGAAAAAACCCCAGAAGUUUCGGAACAACAAGCAGAUUUGGAUCCCGUAGACGAAAGAAUUUUGUAUCCUGGGAAAUACUUAACACAAGAGGAAAUGAAAUUAAAGGCCAAGGAAUGGGUUCCAAAGAGAGAGAAGCCCUUAGAGUAUAGCUUGGAGCAUAUUGCUAAGAAGACCAGAAAGGACUAUUUAAAAUAG